UGCAGGAGCAGCUACCACGUGCGUAUGGCCACCGCGCGCCCGCCCUGCCACCCCCGCAUGCAGCAACCGGAACCCAACUCAUCUCUCCAGCAACAGUCACCUGCAGAGAUGUCCUCAGUCCUGCACUUCUAUGUCCGUCCCUCUGGCCAUGAGGGAGCAGCCUGUGGGUACACUCAGAGGAAGCUGCAAGAGAAACUGCCAGAGCUGCAGGAUAUCAAGACCGAGCUGUGCUACAAUGUGAACUGGACAGUUAAUUCUUCCCCGAGUGCUGAGGAACUGAAGAAGUUGACGUGGCUGUUUGGCUGCCCCUUGCUACUGGACGAUGUCGCUCAGGAGUCCUGGCUCCUUCCCGGCUCCAGUGACCUGCUGUUGGAGGUCGGGCCCAGGCUGAACUUCUCCACCCCGACCUCCACCAACAUCGUGUCAGUGUGCCAGGCUGCGGGGCUGGGGGCUGUGGACCGCGUGGAGAGGACCCGGCGCUACCUGCUCUCGUUUGCCCAGCCGCCUUCAGCUGACAUGGAGGCCAUCGCGUUGGCCACCCUGCAUGACCGGAUGACGGAGCAGCACUUCCCCCAACCCAUCCAGAGCUUCUCCUUUGGCUGCAUCAAAGUCCCCCUAGGUGGCCCAAUCGACAUACUGGCCGAGGGCCGAUCUGCCCUGGAGAAAGCCAACCAGGAGCUGGGUCUGGCCCUGGAUUCUUGGGACCUGGAUUUCUACACCAAGCGCUUCCAGGAGCUGCAGCGGAACCCCAGCAUUGUGGAGGUCUUCGACUUGGCUCAGUCCAAUAGUGAGCACAGCCGACACUGGUUCUUCAAGGGCCGACUCCACGUGGAUGGGCAGGAGCUGGCACACUCUCUGUUUGAGUCCAUCAUGAGCACCCAGGCAUCCUCCAACCCCAACAACAUCCUCAAGUUCUGUGACAACAGCAGUGCAAUCCAGGGGAAGGAAGUCCAAUUCCUACGGCCUGAGGACCCCACACGGCCAAGCUGCUUUCGGCAACAUCAGGGGCUGAGACAUGUUGUCUUCACAGCAGAGACUCACAACUUCCCCACAGGAGUAGCCCCCUUCAGCGGUGCAACCACUGGCACAGGGGGCCGGAUCCGAGAUGUGCAGUGCACGGGCCACGGGGCCCACGUCGUGGCUGGCACUGCUGGCUAUUGCUUCGGAAACCUACACAUCCCAGGUUACAGCAUGCCCUGGGAGGAUUCACGCCUCCAGUAUCCUGAGAACUUUGCCCGACCCCUGGAGAUUGCCAUCGAGGCCAGUAACGGGGCUUCCGACUACGGCAACAAGUUUGGAGAACCAGUGCUGGCUGGCUUUGCCCGCUCCUUGGGCCUCCAGCUCCCAGACGGCCAGCGGCGUGAGUGGAUCAAGCCCAUCAUGUUUAGUGGAGGCAUUGGGACCAUGGAAGCUGAGCAUGUGAGCAAGGAGCCCCCAAAGCCAGGCAUGGAUGUUGUGAAGAUUGGGGGUCCUGUCUACAGGAUUGGAGUUGGGGGCGGAGCUGCUUCAUCUGUGCAGGUGCAGGGAGACAAUGCCAGUGACCUGGACUUUGGGGCUGUGCAGCGGGGAGACCCAGAGAUGGAACAGAAGAUGAACCGCGUGAUCCGGGCUUGUGUAGAGGCCCCUGGGGGGAACCCCAUCUGCAGCCUCCAUGACCAGGGUGCCGGUGGCAACGGCAAUGUCCUAAAGGAGCUGAGUGACCCAGCUGGAGCCAUCAUUUACACCAGCCGCUUCCAGCUUGCGGACCCGACCUUGAAUGCCCUGGAAAUCUGGGGGGCCGAGUACCAGGAGUCGAAUGCACUUCUGCUGAGGCCCCCCGACCGGGACUUCCUGAGUCGUGUCAGCGCCCGGGAACGCUGCCCAGUUUGCUUUGUGGGCACCAUCACCGGAGACAGGAGAAUAGUGCUGGUGGAUGAUCGGGAAUUUCCUGGGAAAAGAAGUGAUGAGGGGGAUGCACCCCCAACACCUCCCUCAAACCCUGUGGACCUGGACCUGGACUGGGUGCUGGGCAAGAUGCCCCGGAAGGAGUUCUUCCUCCAGAGGAGUCUUCCUGUGCUGCAGCCUCUGGCCUUGCCUGCAGGGCUGAGCGUGCGCCAGGCUCUGACGUGGGUUCUCAGGCUUCCUGCUGUGGCCAGCAAGCGCUACCUUACCAACAAGGUGGACCGCUCCGUGGGUGGCCUUGUGGCACAGCAGCAGUGUGUCGGACCCCUGCAGACCCCUCUGGCAGACGUGGCGGUUGUGGCACUGAGCCACCAGGCGCUCAUAGGGGCUGCCACAGCCCUGGGAGAGCAGCCAGUCAAGAGCCUGCUGGACCCCAAGGCUGCUGCCCGGCUAGCCGUGGCUGAAGCUCUCACCAACCUGGUGUUUGCUCUGGUCACUGACCUCCGGGAUGUGAAAUGCAGCGGGAACUGGAUGUGGGCAGCUAAGCUCCCGGGGGAGGGUGCGGCUCUGGCCGAUGCCUGUGAGGCUAUGGUGGCAGUGAUGGCGGCCCUGGGUGUGGCGGUGGAUGGUGGCAAGGACUCCCUCAGCAUGGCUGCCCGGGUUGGCUCUGAGACCGUGCGGGCUCCUGGGUCGCUGGUUAUCUCAGCCUAUGCUGUCUGUCCAGACAUCUCAGCCACUGUGACCCCAGACCUCAAGCAUCCUAAAGAGAGAGGCCAUCUGCUCUAUGUGCCUCUGAGUCCUGGGCAGCACCGGCUGGGGGGCACAGCUCUGGCCCAGUGCUUCUCCCAGCUUGGUGAGCAGCCUCCCGACCUGGACCUUCCCGAGAACUUGGUGCACGCCUUCAGCAUCACCCAGGGGCUGCUGAAAGACCGCCUCCUCUGCUCAGGCCACGACGUCAGUGACGGGGGUCUCAUCACCUGCCUGCUAGAGAUGGCCUUUGCUGGGAAUUGUGGGAUAGAGGUGGACAUACCUGCCCCUGGGGUCGAUGCACUGCCUGUGCUGUUUGCUGAGGAGCCAGGCCUGGUGCUGGAGGUGCAGAAGCCAGAUGUGGCCCAAGUGCUGACUCGUUACUGGGAUGCCGGCCUCCACUGCCUGGAGCUGGGCCGCACGGGCGAUGCCGGGCCCCACGCCACGGUCCGGGUAUCAGUGAACGGCGCUGUGGUUCUGGAGGAGCCUGUCGCGCAGCUCCGAGCCCUCUGGGAGGAGACCAGUUUCCAGCUGGACCGGCUGCAGGCAGAGCCACACUGUGUGGCAGAGGAAGAACAGGGGCUGAGGGAGCGGACAGGGCCCACCUUCUGCCUGCCCCCUACCUUCCCCAAAGCUUCUGUGCCUCACGAGCCUGGUGGCCCUACCCCCCGAGUCGCCAUUUUUCGAGAAGAGGGCAGUAAUGGAGACCGGGAGAUGGCCGAUGCCUUCCACUUGGCUGGGUUUGAGGUGUGGGAUGUGACCAUGCAGGACCUUUCCUCUGGAGCAAUCAGGCUGGACACAUUCCGUGGGGUGGCCUUUGUGGGCGGCUUUAGCUAUGCGGAUGUCCUUGGCUCUGCUAAAGGGUGGGCAGCUGCUGUGACGUUUAACCCACAGGCUGGGGCUGAGCUGAGGCGCUUCCGGCAGCGGCCAGACACCUUCAGCCUGGGCGUGUGUAACGGCUGUCAGCUGCUGGCUCUGCUGGGCUGGGUGGGAGGCAGUCCCAGUGAGGAGGCAGCAGAGACGGGCCAUGAUUCCUGGCCAGCCCGGCCCGGCCUCCUGCUGCGCCACAACGUGUCUGGGCGUUACGAGUCUCGCUGGUCCAGCGUGCGUGUGGGCCCCGGGCCCGCCCUGAUGCUGCGAGGGAUGGAGGGUGCUGUGCUGCCUGUGUGGAGCGCUCAUGGGGAAGGUUACAUGGCGUUUUCUUCUCCAGAACUCCAAGCCCAGAUGGAGGCCAGGGGCUUGGCCCCACUGCACUGGGCAGACGAUGACGGGAACCCCACAGAGCAGUACCCCCUGAAUCCCAAUGGGUCUCCAGGGGGUGUGGCUGGUGUCUGCUCCCCUGAUGGCCGCCACCUGGCUCUCAUGCCUCACCCUGAGCGGUCUGUGAGGCCUUGGCAGUGGGCAUGGCGACCCCCUCCAUUUGACACUCUGACUACCUCCCCCUGGCUCCAGCUCUUCAUCAAUGCCCGAAACUGGACCCGGGAAGGAAGCUGCUGAGCAGGCCGGCGAUGCUCCCCUGGGUCCCAUGGAGAAUUAAGGUUAACUAGAUUGCCCAGGGUCACACAACUUGUGAAGGGACGAGCUGGGAGGCCUUGCUCAGUCCUGCUACAUCUGCUUCCUGUCAUCCUGCAGUCACAGUCGUGGAGAGAGCAUCGUCAGGACUUCUCACUGACAGCUGUCCUUGCUUCCUUUGCUCACAGGAGUGUGUGGAGGCCACUUCCUCCUGACAGUCGUGUUGUGCGGCUCAAGUCAGUCUGCCCCCUAAAUAGCUCAACAUCUUGAUUAAAGAAAUUCCCUGAGAAGGGAGACUGGAAUCUCAGAUCCCUGAGGACAUUGGGCCUGGCGGGGAAGGGGGAGGCCCCACACCGUGCUCCUGGUAGAACAGCCAAAGGAGAGACUGAUCAUGAAGAAACAGUGUUAAAUUUCAGCUAUGGAGAAAAUAACUGGAUUGUUUUCUUAUUGCUUUGCAAACUCACUUACCCUGAACAGUGUGGGGCUAGUAGGUCAUUUCUGGUAUUUGAAUUUUCCUUCAUGGUGCUGGGAAGCAACGUAUAUAUAUAAUCAGAUAAUCUCAAAUUGACAAUUUUGAGGACUGAUCCCAGGGCUGGGAUGUCAAGUUUACAAGCACUUGAUGCAAAGGUAGCAGGAUGGUAUGUGAAGUAACCUGCUGAUUGGCUGUGGUAGAUGAAUUCAUACACUUUGGAGAUGGAGCAGUUUCUGGUUUAGAUCACCCUGGCCAAGCAAGACCCACCCUCGGACACUGCCAAGACCAAGUCAGCUCAGCUUCUCAUCCUUGUUUUUAUCUAGUAGCCACACACCACCCUUUCCUUGCUGGUCCCUGACCCAGCUCCUAUCUCCCCAUCCCUCCCAAAAGCCCCUCCUGGUGGUGGCUUUUAUUCUCAAAGCUCAUCUUAUCUUCCUCAGGCCAGGGAGUUGGGGUUUGGGUCCCCUCCGUACCACUCCCAGAUUAUUCUCCACCCUCUUUGAAGAAAAUCUUGCCCGUUUUAGGUUCAUACCAUCCUGUAUCACCUUCAUCCCGUACUUUGUGUUCUGCUGACUUCCCCAUCACUUGGGAUGCCAGUCGUUCCCAAUAUCUGAUUCCCCUUUCUAGAAACAGGACCUCUCAGUACUUUAGCAGGGGUCGUGGCUACUCGAAAUAAAGAUGACAUCUCCCAGUGUCCCUAAUAGCUCUGACUAAAUUUUGACCAAUAAAAGAGAAAAUGAUGUAUACAA